AUGGCGGCGCGGGCGCUGCUGUGUGUGGCGGCCGCGCUGGGCCCGGGCCUGGCCGCGCCCCGCUACCGCCCGGACUGGGCCAGCCUGGACGCGCGGCCGCUGCCGGCCUGGUUCGACCGGGCCAAGGUGGGGGUGUUCGUGCACUGGGGGGUGUUCUCCGUGCCGGCCUGGGGCUCCGAGUGGUUCUGGUGGCACUGGCAGGGCCAGCACGAUGCCGCCUACGAGCGCUUCGUGCGCCGCCGCUUCCCGCCCGGCACCACCUACGCGGAGUUCGCGCCCCGCUUCACCGCCUACGACUUCCAGCCCCGCCAGUGGGCACAGCUCUUCCAGAGGGCCGGGGCCAGAUACGUGGUCCUGACCACCAAGCACCACGAGGGCUUCACCAACUGGGGCUCGCCGGUGUCCUGGAACUGGAAUUCUGUGGAUACGGGGCCCCAUCGAGACCUGGUGGGAGAGCUGGGAGAAGCCCUCAGGGAGAGCAACCUCCGUUAUGGGCUGUAUCAUUCCCUGAUGGAGUGGUUUAACCCUCUCUACCUCGCUGACAAACAAAGUGACUUCAAGACCCAGAGCUUCGUUUUAGAGAAGAUGAUGCCAGAACUUUAUGACCUUGUCUUAAAAUACAAACCAGAUCUAAUUUGGUCGGAUGGAGACUGGGAAGCUCCGGAUUCCUACUGGAAUUCCACCUCCUUCCUUGCCUGGCUCUAUAAUGACAGCCCCGUCAAGGACACCGUGGUUGUCAACGAUCGCUGGGGCCGGGGCUGCUCCUGCCGCCACGGGGGUUUCUACAACUGUGCAGACAAGUACAGGCCAGGCACCCUGCCAGAUCACAAGUGGGAGAUGUGCUCCUCCCUGGACAGGCUCUCCUGGGGCUACCGCAGCAACAUGAGCCUCGCUGAGGUGAUGGAUGAAAUGAGUAUGAUUGAGGAGCUGGUGCAGACUGUGAGUUUGGGUGGCAACUACCUCCUCAAUGUGGGACCUACAAAGGAAGGGGUGAUUGUCCCCAUCUUCCAGGAAAGACUCCUGGCCCUUGGGAGGUGGCUGGAGACCAACGGGGAGGCAAUUUAUGAGUCCCAGCCUUGGAGGGUGCAGAUGGAGAACACCACAAACUCGGUCUGGUACACCUCCAAGGGACCUGUGGUGUUUGCCAUCUUCCUGCUCUGGCCUCGGGACGGUGUCCUGUGCCUGUCCUCGCCCAUUCCAUCCCCAGGCACACAGGUGACACUGCUGGGGUUUGGUGGCACUCUGGAGUGGCAGGAGCACGCAGGGAAAGGGAUGCUGAUAACCCUGCCCCGCGUGCUGCCGUCUCCUGCCCCUCAGUCCGGCUGGGCGCUGAGGCUCCAGGGCGUGAAGUGAUGCCGUGGGGGCACACAGCACCUCCCACUGCCUUUCUUUUGACUCAGUCCAGAGGAUUUUUAUGUUUCACGUUGAAUACAUUAUUUUAUUCACUUGAGAGGAUGAAUCUCUCCUCUGGUCUCUGUUGCCUUGUGUUACUUUGGUGUUGGUUGGAAUGGUUGUGAUCAGGUGCUUCCACGAUG